GGGAGUCGUGAAAUGCGCGUGGCCGUCAUAGGAGCGGGUUGCUGUGGCAUCACGGCCGUCAAGGCAUGCCUGGAAGAGAACCUGGACGUGGUAUGCUUCGAGAGGUCUUCCAACAGCGGCGGACUAUGGUGGUACCGCGACGACGAGCAAGAGCCCGGACGAAGCACCGUGAUGAGGUUCACCGUGACCAACACCAGCAAGGAGAUGUCCGCCUACAGCGACUUCCCGCCAAUGAAAGAGAUGGCCGUCUACAUGACCCAUGGACAGACCCUGCGGUACAUCAGGAGCUACGCGGAACACUUCGGAGUGCCGUCCAGAAUCCGGUAUCGGCACCAUGUCAUCCGCUUGGGUACGGACGGAACGCUGACAGUCUUGGACUUGGACAGCGGACGGGAGUUUGAAGAGACCUUCGACAGCGUCCUAGUGUGCACGGGGCAUCAUGCUACGCCGUCGAUACCGAAGUUUCCCGGUCUCGAAAAGUUCAAGGGACGUGUCCUGCACUCGCAACAGUACAAGUACGCCGACGAGGGAUUCAGGGACAAGAGGACGGCAGUCGUGGGAUUUGGGAUUUCGGGAGCUGACGUUGCGGUUGACCUGACCACAGUAACCGAUCGUGUGCUCCUCGUCACAAGACGCAUGAGCUGGAUAUACCCUCAGCACAUAGGAGGCGUACCAACAGACGCCUACAUUCUGAACCAACUCCGGCUAUGGAUCUACAGUUGGCUUCCGCCAUAUUUCUUCUCGCGGCACUUCCAGAGGAUCUGCAACCAGGAAUUCGACCACAAACUUCUAGGCACCCAGCCUCCUCAUCCCUUGAUCAAACAGGCUGGAAUCCCGAACCACAUCCUUCCGUUGAAACUCUUGGCAGGAAGCAUUGAACUGCGCGCGAACCUGGAGGCCUUCACCGAAAACGGCAUGGUCUUCAACGGCGUCGAAGAACCAAUAGACGCGGUAGUGUUUUCCACCGGUUACACGAACGAAGUCCCUUUCGCGCGUGACAUUCUACCAGCAGGCGGUCAACGCUUACCCUUGUACAAGAGGAUGAUUCCCCCGAAGCACCCUAACAUAGCGUUCCUGGGCUACAUCGACGCCAGUCUGAACCUCUCGCAGGGAUUUGAAAUGCAGGCUCGGUACAUGGCGAGCGUUUUGACGGGAAAACUGACCCUUCCAUCAACGAAAGUUAUGCAAGACGAGGUCUUGAGAGUGCACGACUUGUCCAAGAGACAGUUCCUGGACACGCCACGUCACUACCUGAUGGUCGACCGGGUUGCCUACGUGAAUGACCUCGCGCGAGCCAUCGGCGCCAAGCCCAAAUAUUACUGGCUGUUUCUGACGGAUAUCAAGCUGUGGUGGACUCUAAUCACGAGUCCGCUCCUUAACUACCAGUACAGGCUGCGAGGGCCGAACGCGUGGCCCGGUGCUCGCGAGGCCAUCUUGGGCUACGCUGAAAGAGUGCGAGCUCCUCUUCAGGUUUCGAUGGGCUCUCGGCACCAGGUGAAGAAGCGCCGGCGUCUCAAGACUUGGGGAAUUGUUCCCGUGGUAGCGAUCGUCAUCAUUAGCAUAAGUGUCAAGUCCCUGAUAACUACUGCUGCAACGUAG